UAGGGUUAGAGGUUACCGGUGAAGCUAGAACCCCGAACGUGGUCGGUUGGAGCAAAUAUGUCUGUCCGGAGGCACAUUGGGAAUCCUGAGUAUCUGACCAAGAGGAUACCACAAAACCCAAGGUAUCAGCAUGUCAAGUCAAGACUAGACACUGGUAACAGUAUGACUAAAUACAUUGAGAAGCUAGAAGAGAUCAAAAAAAAUUAUAGAUACAAAAAAGAUGAGCUUUUUAAGAGACUAAAAGUUACAACUUUUGCCCAGCUGGUCAUCCAAGUUGCUUCCCUAUCUGAUCAAACAUUGGAAGUGACAGCUGAGGAGAUUAAAAGGCUAGAAGACAAUGAUUCUGCAACCUCAGACCCUGAUGCUGAAAUCACUGCCAAGACCAACGGGAAAGGGAGCCCUGGGGAGCAGUCGCCAAGCCCCGUCCAGUUCAUAAACAGUGAGGGAGCCGGGGACUCCAGCCGCUCGACCCUUCAGAGCGUCAUCAGUGGCGUUGGGGAACUGGAUCUAGACAAAGGGCUCGUGAAGAAAGUAGAGCCCAGUACCAAAGACAAACCUUAUCCCGACUGCCCCUUCCUGCUGCUAGAUGUGAGAGAUAGAGAUUCUUACCAGCAGUGCCACAUUGUUGGAGCUUACAGUUACCCAAUUGCAACUCUGUCUAGAACAAUGAACCCUUAUUCAAAUGAUAUUCUUGAAUAUAAAAAUGCCCAUGGCAAGAUCAUCAUUCUGUAUGACGACGAUGAGAGGCUGGCCAGCCAGGCAGCUACCACCAUGUGCGAGCGGGGAUUUGAGAACCUCUUCAUGCUUUCCGGAGGUCUAAAAGUCUUAGCUCAGAAAUUCCCAGAAGGACUGAUUACGGGUUCCCUGCCAGCAUCUUGCCAGCAGACCCUUCCGCCUGCUUCUGCCCGGAAACGAUCCGGCCCGAAAGUGCCGCCCCCAGCAGCCGAGAAUAAAUGGAGAUUUACCCCAGAAGACCUAAAGAAGAUAGAAUAUUACCUGGAAGAGGACCAGGGUCCUGCAGACAGUACUAGCCGGCUGAGCCAAGGUAAUGCUUCUGGAAGAGACUCCAAGGUUCCAGGCUCCCGCAGCGGUCAGAACCUGCCUGCCGGGGCCCCUGCCGGCCACCAGAACCCCCGCUCGCUGGGCAGUGGCCACCUGCAAGGCAAACCCUGGAAGUAAAGACUUUGUCUUAGUCAAAUAAAUGUUUUCUCUCCUUUCGGAACCCCUGAGCAGUUCACAAGUUGGUCAUUUUAAGAAGCUGCUGCAGAGGAAAGACCUCAACGUGUGUCAGGCCCUCUUCCCUCUUCCUGUCUCCAGCUCCUCUCCCACAUCCAACCCGGGAAGGAUUUUUACAAAACCCAGAGGCAUGACAGGCUCUAGUGUCCUCCCUGUUGUUUACAGAAUAUUUAAGUCUCUGAAACUGAGUAGGAAAAAAGUCUAAUUUUUGUAGGCUUUCUUUUUGUUUGUUUGUUUUUAAUAAGGUCCAGUUUGUUUUGGUCUAUAUCCUGCGUUGUUUUGUAAAUACUUCAGGCGCAUCUGGUGUGUCCUUCCCAGCCAGUUCUUUUUCACUCACUCUUCUUGGUUUCACGAAGGCUCUCUCGGUAGGCUUUGCAGCCUGAGAAGCUGUCCCCGGGGGUGCAGACGAUUCGUAGCUUUCAGCCCCCACCAGCUGUGGACCCGCUGGCUGAGGAGCUCUUCGCCCAGCACCCGAGGCAGGCUCCGUCUGGAAGCCGGUACCUGUGAGCGUCACUCAGUUAAGAUUUAGUAGUAGCUCUCACAUGUGCUCAGCGCUUCUCCUCCUCACUAUAUGUUUUCCUGGAACCAGCACAGGUGAUGAUGUGUGCUCAGCUGCCUUCACGGGCAAGUCCUGCCCACUGUUCAGGGCCGGGUUGAGAGCCACUGAAGCCCCCUGGAGCCGUCCCUCAUUUGCGGUUGGUUUAUUAGUUGUAAACUCCCAUUACCCAGCUCAGGCCCAUCCAUCUUAGAUGGGUAGAAAUUAUGGCCACUUGAAAACAUUGGCUUUGGUUGGGCCACUGCCCGCACACAAGGUGAGGACAACUCCACAGUCCUUUGUCAGAGCUGACAACCCUUUAAACCCUUGCUUAAAAAUACAGUAUUAGUCUAAUUGAGUAAUUAGUGCAAUUCCCUGCUUACUUCUCAUUCUCAUGACUGAGCUGUGAUUAGGAGGUUUUGAAUAUAGAUUCUUGUUUGGGCCAGAAUUUUGAAUCAGCGUUAAUUGAAUUGCUAGAUGACUGACAUUCAUUCCAUUUAAUUGGGGGAACAAAAGACCUCAGGUAAGGAUGAGGAACUAUGAAAUCAUCAGGCAAAGGAAAAAGAGCCUUGUUAAUUUUUAUGGUCUGUGAUCUGUAGCUGUGAUAAGGGACUAAGGAAUAAAUUGUGCUCUUUGUCAUGGCAACCAGCUUCUGAAAAGCCAGCUGAAAAUUGCCUAUCCUUAGGUGGUUAUUGCUGCUGGGUAAGAUUUGUCUUAACAGGACUAUUUUUCUCACCACCAAAAAAAAAAUGUAUCACAGUAUUUCCAGCAUGGGGGGCUGUGUUUGUAGGAGAAAUAAAGGUAAUAAAUAUCUUAUAGAGACAUAUGGAAAAAUAACUUUCACAUUCAGCCCAGUUCUGUUUUAGUGUGUUUAUUCUUCUCUACUUGAUUUCCAAAGUGCAACAUUUUCCGAUGCUUUAGAAAUCAAACAAACCAGGGACAUUGUUCAGAUGUCAAGCUGUGCCCAAUUUUCCACAAGAUUCAAGAAUCUUGUAUAAAAUUCAGCCAACGUACACAUAGCUUUAAAGAGGAGCCUGUCAUGUUUCCCCAUAAAUUUAUUGCCUGAGAACUAAGUUCAGCCUUUUGCUAAUGCCAAAAUGCUCUGGCUUUUUAUUUUCUUUACAGCAUAGAUUUUUAAAAAUGCAAAUUUUUCCACACUCAACUUUCCCCUAGCAUGGACAAGAUUUUCAGCCAUUUUGGACACAUAUGCAUUUUUAAGAAAAAAAUUUUUUUUUCUCUGUGACAAAGUUCUGGUUAUGCCAUUUUCAAGUCGACUAGUCAGGAGUUUAGAUUUCCCCACUCGAUUCUAUUUUGAAAGUAAAUGGUAGUCCCCCUUUGUUCCUAUUCUGCAUUCUCAUCACCACACAACACUAGAGUGUUAGAAACUACUAUGUAUAUGUGCAAAGUCAGUAUAGCUGAACCUAUUAGAAUUGCAGUGCAUUUAGUUGAGAGAUCUGGCAGGUUGACUAUAUUUAUGUGUGUUUCUCCAUAGCGCUUUGCCUAUUGGUAAGGAUUUUAAAUAACUACUCCUCAAAGACCUGUUCUGGUUCUGCACUUUGUGUGUUAAAUGUCACUUGCAGUUUUUACACGCUCAAGGUAUUGCUUUGAAUGUUCUACUUUACUAGGUUCUUCGUUAGAUUAACUGACAUGUAUUAUCUAAGCGAUCUGUGAUACUCUGUGCAAUUGUGAAAGUUGAAGAUUAAAGUACAUAGUUCUUAAUUUGUUGUUUGCUGUUAAUAUGCUGAGAUCUGCCAACUUCUCUCUUCCUCUCUGUUGAGAUGAUUUGUGGGGAGUCACAUGAGACUGGGGUGAUCUGAAAGAGUACUUCUUUUUGCUCUAUCUCCCAGUAAUGCAUAUUUUCUUUGUGUAAAUGAACCAGGAAAUCAUUCCAAUUAGGGCAGUGGACUUUAGCUUUCUAGUCAGAAGGGUUUCUCCUCAUGCCCAGCAGGGACUGAUUGCCACCUUAAACUCAUUAGAGCGGGGCUUUCUUGUCAGUGUUGGGGGUUGAUGAGCUUCCCUUGCCUGGGAACUUAUGACCCCCUAGAUGGAAAAUGCUUUAUCAAUGUACAACUGCUGCUCCAUCUGAGCAAUGGUGAUGGCCAAAGUCUAAAUAAUAAGUUCAGUACUUUAUCUACUGUAUUUAAGAAAGAAAAGAGGGAAGGAAAGAGAGAAGCAAGGAAACAAGAAGUGUGGAGGGAGGAAGGGGAAGGCAACAUUACUCAUUUGAGUACAAAAAGAACAUCUCGGGCUGUUACAAUGUCAGGUUUAAUCUAUUGAAAGGCAUAGAAUGGGGACCUCCCUGGCAGUCCAGUGGUUAAGACUUUGCCUUCCAAUGCAGGAAGUGUGGGUUCGAUCCCUGGUUGGGGAGCUAAGAAUCCCACAUGCCUCAUAGCCAAAAAAACAAACGAAAACCCCCCAUAAAACAGAAGCAAUAUUGUAACAAAUUCAAUAAAAGACUUUAAAAAGGGUCCACAUCAAAAAAAAACUUUAUAAAAAAAGUAAAAAGAAAGACAUAGAAUGAAUCAAAUUACCUAAACGUAAUUUUAUUUUUUACCUUUAGCAGAAAACCAGAACUAGCACAAUCAUAUUGGACUUGGGGUGUAAAUCAGAAUUAAAAGAGAACAAAUAGUGUUCAUUAGUUGCUGAGGGAUUUUUCCUGUGAUACUACUGAGAUUAUACAAAAAUUCAUAAGACUUUAGGCUACUCACCAAGAACACAGAACAAAACAAAACCUUCUUUUCUCUAAUUCCCUUGUGGAAUAUAAGUGAAAUCAGAGUCCUAGGCUAGGAAGAAAUAUGUAGCCAAUUUUUCUUGUGUUGGUUUUGGUUUCUGUCAUGUUAUAAAUUGGUUGUAGAUUCUGUCUUUUAUGUUAUCUGACUUUUUUAGGGGGGAUAAUUAAUUUCUGUCCACCUGGAUUUAAUGACUCCCUUCAUGACUCCCUUCCUGCUCUACUCUGAAGAUAAUCAUUAAGAACCUUUCUUUCCCCAGUUCCAAAAUAUUCCCAGUGUCUCUAAUGUGCGUUUAUUUUUUCACAAUUCUUUCAGUUUCAACUCCCAUAAUACUUUCCUUUUUCUUUUUCAAGAAACAUCAGAAAUGUGGAUAUUAUAUCAGUUUAUGUGAGCAUGAUGAUAUGCUUAUCUACUGUUCAAUUAAUUUUUUGAUUAAAAUAUAUUUUUCCCAUAAAAAACAAUAAAUAGGACACAUUGUGCUUCCAAAGUGUUCAGAAGACAUUUGGGUAGUAAUACGUUCCUAAAGUUGCAGUAAUUACUGAAAUUGCUAUUGCCACGUCCUUUAUUGGCACACAGGUCAGUUAUAGCAUAAAAUAUGUAAUGGUGGCAAUUUGUCAGCAGUGAAUUCUGACAGGACAGGAUUCAGUGCAUGAUUUUAUGUGUUUACAAAACUAUAUUGCCCCCCUCCUCCCCCAUCUCCUUACGGUCUCACUCUCUGAUGCUUAUCCUCUUUGUUCCAAAUGCAGACGCAGAUUCUCUUCACCUGCAUAACAUCCUGAGGCACCUGGUGAAAUGUGUGGCAAACAGAGGUCACUUAUUAAAUACUAUUGACUGAUGGACUACAUUUUAAAAAAAUUAUUUAAAAUUAUUUUUGACUAUAACCUCCCAGAGGGUGAAAAUCACCAACUACAUGACAUUGGCCCUUAAUAAGGGUGUGUGAAUAAAUGAACUGAACCUGUCAAGACUGAAGUCUGGGAUGUAAAGCCCAUUGUGGUGGCCACUCAGCGCUGGUCUGCCAUUCUGGAGACCUGGAAAGUUUGUUAUCCCUUGUCCUCUUGUACAUCCUACUUUUGUAUGUGAGACAUUCAUCACUCUGAGAUUUUUAGAUUACCCUCUGCAGGAGGUACCCAAGAAGCUGUUAGGGCCGUUAUUAUUAGCCUGGCUGUCUGCAGUCUGCCUGUUUCCAUGGUCCCCUCAAGCUCAAAGUAGCCUUCAGAAUUCAACUGCACCAUCCCCAUCUGAGAGUGGGUUUUAUUUUCUCUUUUGUUUCAAAUCUUGAAGAUCUCCAGGUAAUAAUGUUAGCAAACAUUUAUGGAGAGCUUACUAUGUGUUAGGCAGUAUUCCUAGAUUCUUCAUUUUAUGUUUUGACUCAUUUGACUAUCAGAACAUCCCUACGAGGUAGGCACCCCCAUUUUCAGGUGAGGAGACUGAGGGUCAAAUGGAAAUUAAGCAACUCGCCCUGUGUCACUGAGCUGGAAGGUUGAGAAACCAUUCUGCUCUGUGCUUGUCCACUCUGGGUGGGUACAGCCACUCUCUCCCUGGCUACGCCUCCAAUUCACUAACAAAAAUGUAACUUUCUGGGCUUCCCUGGUGGCGCAGUGGUUGCGAGUCUGCCUGCCGAUGCAGGGGACACGGGUUCGUGCGCCGGUCCGGGAAGAUCCCACAUGCUGCGGAGUGGCUGGGCUCGUGAGCCAUGGCCGCUGAGCCUGCGCGUCCGGAGCCUGUGCUCCGCAACGGUAGAGGCCACAACAGUGAGAGGCCUGUGUACCGCAAAAAAAAAAAAAAAAAAGUAACUUUCCCUUGGCUGUUGGCUUCCCUUCCUUCCUUGUCACCUGAGAUUCCACUGAAAGCUUUCCUCCUCUGCCUGCAUAAAAGGUGAGGAAUUCAGGGACUGAAACAUCUGCUCCUGGGACCAUUCCACUGUCUGUGUCUGGUGACCUAUCUAGAAGACAGGUGCUCCAGGGUUUGUGAGAUUUGUUUCUUAAUGAGGUAUCACUUAAGGAAUGGGAGUUACAAACUUUUCAUUAGAUUGUAGGGGAAAAGGCUGUUUUCCUGAUGGUUGAACUAUCCAAUAAAACCAUAUUGAUAUGA